AUGAAGUAUGUUUAAAUGGCUGAUAUUUUUGGAGCAUAAUUAAAAUAGGAAAUACAUUCUGAAGAAAAACUUUAAAAAUCAUUUUUAGGAGGAGUGUUGUCAAUUAUUGUAACUGCAGUUAGUUUAGGAUACUUUAUUUAUGUGAUGGAUUAAUGGAGAAAUUCUAAUAUCUUACCAAAAUCAACAAAUACUAUAAAGGCUGAAAACUAUUCAUCCAUUUAGUUUAGUAAUGAAAAUCUUGUUGAACUAUGUUAUUGGAGGUACUCAAAUGAAUCAAUUGAUCCUUUUAGAACAACAGAUAACAUAUUGAUGCCAGUAGGAAUAUAUAUUAUUUCUGGUAUACCUUAAGAGCCAUUUUCAUUGUUAAGCAACACAACAACAUUAUCCACUUACAACAGCAAAUUAAGUUAUGUAGAAGACCUGAAUAUAAUAUAAAAUAGCGAAUUCAAUCCUAAAUUAAAUCAAACAAAAGAAUUUAUCAUUAUUAUUACUACAUGCAAGCAAUAAUUACUAUUGGGAAAUUAAACUUGUGCAAAAUAAGAUGUGAUUGACAAUUUUUUUGCAUAAUAGACUAAUAUCCUAAGCUUUUGGAUAAAUUUUAAGUAUUUUAAUUCAAAAAACUAGAAUUUUGAUGUUGUAAAAAAGUAAUAUUACAUUUCAUUUGAGAAAGAAAGAGCGUAAUAAAUAUAAGUAAUUCUGAAAUAGUAAAAAACACUCAUAGAUACAGGAAUAUUAUUUGGAAAUUUUAAUGAAUAAAACUUUAUAUUUGAUGCUCAAUUUUUAAUGAGUACAAUUUCUAUUGACUUUUUCCAACAACUGUUUUAUAUGGAAUCAUUUUUAACAUUUACAAUACGUUUAGAUCCCUUCUCUUAUGAAAUAUAAAUAGUUUAUCCUAAAUUAGGAGAAAUUCUAGCACAAGUAGGAUCAAUCGUUAGCAUUAUUAUGAUGGUUUAAUAUCUAGCAUCAUAUUAUAAUGAAUAUCUCUUGCAAAAUGUUCUUGUAGAAGCAAUUUUAAAAAACCUUAUUUAAAAUUAUGAUUCACUCAAAAAAUCGUAGGACAAAAAAAGUAAAACCACCUUAACUAAAUUGUAAAAAUUUGCUAAGCAAAAAUUAGUGUUUUCAAAUAUGAUAAAUGAACUUUCAAAAAUUGAGUUAUUUUUAUUGAGUUUAUUUGAUAAUACAUAGGUCAGUAAAAUUACCCAAAUGAAGUUUCUAAUAAAUAAUGACCCUAAGCAGGAAUCAAUAGAAGGUAUUUUCUCGAUAGUUUCAAAUAAUACCAAGAAUAUUAUAAAUGAAGAAGAAUUUUAAGAGCUGUUCAAAGCAUUUAUCAUGUAUCCAUUAAUAGAAAAGAAAACAUUGAAUGUAGAAGUCAUUGAAUGA